AUGAUUGAUACCAACAAGCCUAUUGUAGUGAUUGGUGCUGGUGUCAUUGGCCUAUCUACCGCAUUGCAAUUAAAGCAAAAGGGAUAUAAAAAAGUUAUGAUUGUUGCAAAGCAUAUUCCAGGUGAUAUGUGUAUAGAAUAUACCUCUCCAUUUGCAGGUGCUCAUUGGAGAACUAUGGCACCCAACAACAACACAUUAUUGAAAAAGUUUGAUACUGUUACAUACAAUCGAUUCAUGGAGCUCGCCAAAUCCUCUGAUAACACGGGUAUUAUGGCCGUUCCCAGCUAUGACUAUUAUGAUGACGCUGAAUUGCCAGAGAAUGCUGAUCCGUGGUUCAAAGAUCUAGUUCAGGACUUUGAAUUCUUGACAGAGAAAAACAACUUGCCACAAGGAGCCAGAUUGGGCCACAAGUACACUACAGUACUCAUCAAUACCCCAGUCUAUAUUGCAUGGCUCGCGUCCAAAUUCAAGGAAUUGGGAGGAGAGAUUGUGCAGCGCUAUAUUAGCCAUAUUGACGAAGUGUUCAACUUGGAUAAUAACCCAUUUGUUAUCAACUGUACUGGCUUAGGUGCUCGGUUCUUGGGUGGUGUCAGUGAUGAAGCUGUGUUUCCUACAAGAGGACAGACGAUCGUUGUCAAAGCACCCCACAUCAAACGAACAAUUACACAUAAGGGGGCACAAGGCAUUAAUUAUGUUAUCCCAAGAUCUGAUGGCACCGUGAUUCUCGGCGGAACUGCCACUAAGCAUGAUUUUAAUCCAUUCCCAGAGCCUCAAGUCAACAAGAUCAUCCUUGAAAAGACAUUUGCUUUAUGCCCUGAAUUGAAGGACAAGCCAUUAGAGAUUGUAAAGUAUAAUGUUGGCUUACGUCCAUCAAGAAUCGGCGGUGUACGCAUUGAAAAUGAAAUAAUCACCUCAAGAAACAAGCAGCAAAGAGUUCAAGUAACUCAUGCUUACGGCCAUGGCGGGUUUGGUGUGCAAUCUAGUUGGGGCUCUGCUGAGCACAUUAUUGAAACUAUGGAGAAGGGUUUCUCCACAUUGACAUCUGCUCGUCUUUAA